UUCCCCCAUUCGAACAUGGAAGAACGAUUCAUCAAUUGGCCAAAUUUGUAUUUGAGGAAUUUUGAUAUACACCUACAAGGCUACAACCCCCUUUGUCUUUUCCACGGAAAAAGAGCAAAUUUCUUACAUCACUUGUUAGUUUUGUUCAAUUUUUUGUCGGAUUAUUAACUUGUCAUUAUUGAUUUAUCGACCAACAUCGAGGACCGUUUUCUUCUUCCUUCUUCUUCUUCUUCUCUCUCUCUGUCUGAUUUCUGGUUCAGUUGUCUUUGCUUUACAUCUUCUCUCUCUCACUCUCUCUGAAAGAAGACGAUGUCAUCUGUGGGACACUCGGCAUUCCUUCAGGUGGCUUUCGACAGGUUGGCCACCCCUGAGUUUAUAGACUUCGUACGCCAAUGGAAGAUCGACUUGGAUGAAGUAGAGUCACUGAAGGAGACGUCAGCUGAGAUUCAAGCCUUAUCUGAUGAAGCUGAAGUGAAGCAGUUCACCAACGUUCGUGUGAAACUGUGGCUUGACCGCCUCAAGCAAGUCCUCUAUGAUGCGGAAGACAUAUUGGAUGAGUAUGCUACUGAAGUUCUACGGCUGAAAUUGGAAUCUGCUCACCAAACCCAACAGGUACGCAACCCUCUUCCCCUCACUCCAUUAAGUAUAAGUAUUGUUUCUUCUUUGUUGAAUUCUGGUAUUGGGCAUCAGGUAUAUAACAUCAUCGAAGAGCUACACGGAAAAGUAAGGGAUAUCAACGAAAGGUUAAAAAGUGUAGCACACAAAGGUGUUGAUCUGGGUUUGAGCCCGAGCAUGGGAUCUGGGUCUUCAAGGGCCAGGGUAUUCAGUCAAAGGCCACCAACGAGUUCUUUGGUGAUUAGAUCUAAAGUUUUUGGCAUAGAGGAAGAUAUGUGGAGUAUUGUUGGAUGGUUGCUAUCAGACAAAACUUCAAGUCUCAAUAACAAUAAUAAUAAUUUCUCAGUGCUAGCCAUAGUUGCCAUGGGUGGAGCUGGAAAGACGACCCUUGCUCAACUUGUUUAUAACGAUGACAGAGUUGAACAGUAUUUUGGUCUGAAAGCUUGGGUCUGUGUAUCAGAAGAUUUUGAUGUGGUGAGGUUAACCAAGGAAAUUCUCGAGUCAGCCACUGGGUCAUCGCCUGAUUCUGAUUCACUGGAUGUGCUACAGGUGAAACUAAAAGAAGCAUUGAGUAAGAAAAGAUUCUUACUGGUUCUGGAUGACAUGUGGAAUGAGAACUACUUGAAAUGGGAUGCCUUGAGCACCCCUUUUGCAUUCGGUAAGCCAGGAAGCAAGAUAUUGGUUACAACACGAAACAAAAGUGUUUCAUCAAUAGUGCGCACUGUUCCAAAAGAUCAUGAUCUAAAAGGUCUGUCAGAUGAGGCUUGUUUUGCACUGGUUAGAAGGCACGCUUUCAUGGAUGAAAAUUCAUUUGAUGCAAAUACAAAGUUGGAAGUAUUUGGACAACAAAUUGUGAAGAAAUGUAAAGGUUCACCUUUGGCAGUAAAGACCCUUGCUGGUCUCUUGCGAGAUAAAAGGGAGAACAGUGAGUGGAAAGAUAUUUUGGAAAAUGAAAUAUGGGAUUUAAGAGAGAGUGAGAUUCUUCCAUCGCUUAUGUUAAGCUACUAUCAUCUCCCGCCACUUCUAAAGAGAUGCUUUGCAUAUUGUGCUUUAUUUCCCAAAGAUUACAUAUUUAACAAGAUUGAAUUAGUCUUGUUGUGGAUGGCGGAAGGUAUUGUUCAACCAAAAGGAAGAAAACGGCUGGAAGAUAUAGGGGCAGAAUAUUUUGAUGAACUAUUCAUGAGGUCCUUCUUUGAGUUAUCUGAUCUUCUUCCUCAUAACCAGGUAUCCCCUUUUGUUCUGCCGAGGUUCGGUUAUACUCCACGUGAGAAGUUGUUUUAUGACUUGUCAAAAGAACUUCACAUCAGGUCAUUUUUUGAGUCAUCCAAUAACAUAGGAUCAGGAUUUGUGAUGCAUGAUCUGAUCCAUGAUUUAGCACAAGUUGUUUCAGGUGGACUAUAUUGUAGGAGAGAGUAUGAUAAGCCAUCUGAAAUUCUUACGACAAUCCGUCACUUGUCCUACCACAUAGACAAUGUUGUGGUGACAGAAUCUGAGGCCUUGAAAAGCUCACGCACCAUUCUAGAUCUGAAAUACUAUAAUUAUCACAACAAGCAGUUUUUGCCGACCAUGCAAUUCCAUUUCCAGUUCCAAUUCCUGCGUGUGCUAUGUUUGAGAAAUUGUCGCAAUGGUGAGUUGUGUGAUUCAAUUGGCAAGUUGAAACAUUUGAGGUUUCUUGAUCUCUCAUUUUCUGACAUUGUGAGGUUACCCAACUCAAUUAGAAGUCUCUACAAUCUACAGACGUUGGUCCUAACGGGUUGUUGGCGGCUUAGAGAGUUUCCUGAGGAUAUGGGUAACCUCAUCAACCUUCGACAUCUUUUUCUCCCUGUGGCAUGGCCCCGCACAGAUUCAUGGGAUUCUUAUGAGAUGCCAUUAGGAGUGUGUAAGGAUUCCUAUAAGGUGCCAUUAAUAGUGUGUAAGGAUUCCUAUAAGAUGCCAUUAGGAGUGGGUAACUUAACUAGUCUUCAAACGUUGAGCACAUACGUUGUGAGAUCAAAAAAUAGUAGCGAGUUGAGGGACUUGUCCCAACAACUCCGUGGGACUUUGAACAUUUUUAAUUUGGAAAGUGUAGGCAAUAAUGAGACACAAGCCAUGGUAGGAAAUUUAAAGAACAUGCCGCACCUUCUUGGGUUACUACUGCAUUGGAGUCAUUAUGAAAGUGAGGAUAGUUUUCUUGAUUUGGGGAGAGAUGAAAAAGUAGAGGAGGACGUACUUGACCAAUUACAACCUCCUACGAAUCUUGAAACACUAUGGAUUGUAAACUAUGGUGGUACGAGAUUCCCAAGUUGGAUUGAGCAUCCUUCCUUCUCUAAUUUAGAGACCGUGCAUCUCAUUGGUUGUCGCAAAUGCAGGUUCCUGCCUCAUCUUAGCCAACUACCCUUGCUCAAAUACCUAGUGAUUGAAGGUUGCAAUGCUACAAAAAUGGUGGGAAGCGAGUUACAUGGGGAUGGCUCAUCAUUGACUAAUAAGCAAUUUCGAUCAUUGGAGACGCUACGUAUUGGAAUGAUGGAAGAGUGGGAGGAGUGGCCUGAAGUAGUUGAAGAAGGUGGAGGACAAUUCCCUUGCCUCCGUAAAUUGUAUAUAUUUGAUUGCCCCAAGCUAAGGAUGUUCUCUCACCACUUUCCUGGCUUGAUGGAACUCGAAAUAGAAAGUUGUGAUGAGCUAAGAGAACUAGCACGACUUCUUCCUUCAUUACAACAGCUACAUCUAGGUAAAUGUCCAAAAUUGAUAGUGCUUCCCAGUCUUCCAUCCAUUGAUACAUUGCAUUUGGAUUUUUGUCUUCAGAUAACAACAUUGUCCGACUCUAACCACCCAUCAUCAUCAUCAUCAACACAAGCAGCAGCACCAUAUGUACAUAACUCAUUCCCUUGCCUUCGUAAGCUAGAAAUUUUGUAUUGUCCCAAUUUGAGAGAAUUACCACUCAUACUUCCUUCCUUGGAGUCACUGCUGAUAAGAUAUUGUGAGGAAUAUUUUUUCUUUACCACGCUUCCAUCUAUCAAAGAGUUGAGAUUGGAAAAAUGUAAGGGGAUGGUACUCAACAGCAAAACACUGCCACAUCACUCGUCACUUACCUCCUUAUCUAUUAAUGAUGUGUCAAAUAUCAAAUCACUACCCAAAGGAUUUAUUCAACAUUUGACAGCACUUCAAAAUUUGGAGAUCUCUCAUUGCACUGAUCUGACGGUUCUUCUGCAGAAUGAGAUUGGGAUUGAUCUCCUUCCUUCUAGCCUUAAGUAUUUGUGGAUUAGCGACUGUGACAACCUAGGGAAGCUACCAGGGAGCAUGUGCAAUCUCCAUUGUCUUGAAAACAUAGUAAUUGCAGGGGCUAGAGGACUUGCAUCCUUGCCUGAGGGGCUACACAAUCUCAUGUGCCUCCAAGUUCUUCGAAUAGCAGACUGUGAGAAUUUGGAGUCACUACCCAUGGAGCUACACACUCUAACGUCUCUCCGACUAUUUGUAAUUGAACGCUGCCCCGCAAUUGUGUCUCUUCAGGAAACACAGUUACCCACUACACUUCACGCAUUGAGGAUCACUGAUUGCAAGAAUCUGGAGUCUCUGCCCAUGGUCAUGUCCCUCCAAAGCUUAGUAAUCACAAAGUGCCCUGCUCUUAAGUCCUUUCCAGAUUUGGGGUUACCCACUGUGCUUCAGGAUCUAUUGAUUCUAAGAUGUGGGAAGCUGAAUUCCUUGCCCAAGGGUCUGCAUAAACUCACAAACCUUAAGCAACUACAGAUUGAGGAAUGCUCGUUUCUUAUGGGGUGCAAGAAUCUUGAACCCCUACAUACCUUGGGCCUUCAUAAUCUCACCUCUCUUCAGAAUCUCAUCAUUGGUGGAUGUCCUGCUCUCGUGUCUAUACCAAGUGGCCUGCUUCCCGCCAAUCUUAGGGAUUUUCGCAUCAAGGACUGCCCAAUUCUUGAAUCCCUACAUGAUGGACUCUCUGACCUAACCUCUCUUGAACAUUUGAAUAUCCGGAAUUGUCCAAUGCUAACUCAACGGUACGGAAUGAAGGAAGGAGAAGAAUGGUCCAAGAUUUCCCAUAUCCCUGAGGUAUUGAUAGAUGGCUGAUUCAAAUAAAGCCUAACCAACUCCUAUGGUCCUGGCCUUUCAUUAUAAAAUGAAUGGAUGGAGUACAAAGAUGCAUAACGGCCAAUAUUUAGUGAGGUAUUUCAUCUACAAUCAGAAAUAUAUGAUUUCUAUCUCUACUUUAUGUUAUGCCAUAUGUGAAUUUAAUUUAACUUCUCUUCAUAGGAGAAUGUUGAACUGUGAAAAGCCAUGUGCAUGAUGCAACUGACAUGCAGGGCAGAUUAUUAUCAUCAUAUGAAUUUUUCUCAAUAGAAUGCUUCCCUUAGAAAGUGCUCAAGAAUUGAUGCAAAGCAACAUGGCAAUUGCAUGGAACUUUUCACUUGAUUAGUGCUGCCUAGCAUUGCUUCUAUAAUUUGUAUGAUUUAUCUGCAUUACGUUAGUUUCUGCCCACCUUAAAGCUUCAAUUGGUCACCAAAAUUAUUGUAAGUUCUGCACACAAGGAAUCUGUUCUAAGUCAGCACAUUCUAUCAUGCAGGGUGUUACACUUCCAUAGGCAGGUUCCAUCUCUCUAUCUCCUCCAUUAAUAUUUUCUUUUAUAAUUGUGUAAGUUAAAUAACCUUUUUUCAUUUGAGAUUAUAAAUAGAAUGUUGAUUGUGGCAUUGUAGGCAGUUGUUCUAUGUGAGACUGAUGCUUUAGAGUUAUUUUAUUCAAUAAAAAUAAUAGAGAGGGGGAGGGAGCAGGGAGGGAAACAUUUUCUAUACCCUAUUUUCUCUCAAUGACACAUGCUACACACCUCCCCCACCCCAAUUUGACUGAUGCUUUAGGGUUAUUUGACUGUUAAUUAUGUUAAGUUGGUUCUAAGCUAGAAGAUACUCAAGCUGUGCAAAAGCUUAUUAUAAGCCAUGGAUUGUAUGUGAUGAAUCAAGAGCCAGGACUCCCGGGACCAGAGUAAACCUUGUAAAUGCCUCCUUCCAUUUAGACAUUAUUAUCAAUCCUACGAUAUAUAUCUCUACUUUAAGUGUAUGUUAACUUUUUCUUCUCCUUUGAUUUUGUCAGUCAACUUUGCCACUGAAUUAAUUUAUUUCUUGUGGUAGAAACAUCAAAAGUAGAAGCCUUUUAUGGCUACAAAUUCAUGGUAGACAACUGUAUCUUAUGUUUAAAACAUCUAUUUUGCAUUAUUAUCUGUUGGGAAGAGGUUUGGCAAGCAUUUUAAUAAGAAGUGAAAUAAGAGAAGAUGAGAGAAAGGAAAUUAAGCCAAUAGAAUUUCUACUCGUUUCAUAUCCAUAAGGGGAAGAACCAAUCCUUUUAUUUUGUUGUAAAUGUAUUACAUGACAGAGAUGGUGCUUGACUAUAAUAAUGCGAUUAGACAACCUCGUAACAUUAUAAAUAUGCUUCACAUAUAUCUUAUCUCAUCUCCUCAAUAAACCUUUCAUCUACCUCUUGUCAACACUGGCCAUUUUGAACUACCUUCCAAAUUCCAAGAGGUAGUUCUAUUUGCCUUGUGUGUGUGUGUGUUCCAUGACGUUUUUGUAGCUUCUUAAAAUGUCUUUAUUUUCUGGUUCUAUAGUUGAUUUUUUGAUAUGAGUAUCAGAUUGUAUUUAUGUCAGAACUUUCUGAAAUGAAAUUCUAUUACCGGUUAUGCAUGUGUAAGACUAUACACUUGCCAUUAUAUUAUGAGUUGAUGGGAUAUAUAAUUCUGAACUUUAUAAAGUCAGUUAACAUAUAUGACUUCUUAUCUGCAUGCAUGAGCGCUUUAAGUUUUGAAUUGAUAAGUACUAUGAGAUAAUAAGGAAUAGCUUUAAGUUUUGAAUUGAAAACUGAGAUGGUAAGGACUAGCUUUAAGAUCUACUAGGGAAGGGGAAAAGAGAUUAGCUUUAAGAUAGAUGCUUAAUUGCUUUAAAAAAUUCUCUUUGCAAGCUUCAAUCUACCGUAAAAAGUUCUCUCUAUGCAAGAACAUAAUGCAGGAAUUUAAUGAACUCUGUUUUACAUUGUCAGAUUUGGACAAGAAUGGUGGUUGUGGCGAUGUCUCUUGUAUGAAAUUAUAGAAACUACUUGAGAAAGGAAAGAGACAGAUCCUUAAGCCUUGGAUAGUUUCCUUGGAAGAAGAACAUCAGGAGUACACAUUUGGAAAUACACAUCAAAGGUGUUUGUUUCGAAUGUUUGAAGCUUCUACAUUGCAUCAUUACCAGGUGGAAAGAUUUUGUGUUGCAGUAUGAAGCAGCAGAGGUGGUUGCAAGAUGCUAGUUGAAUUUGUUGAGAGUUCAUCUCUCACUUCUGGCAAAAACAAAAGACAACCACAUUAAUUGCAUUAAUUGUCCAAGUGGGUGUUUCACAUAUUUGGAUAACAUGAUCUUCUUCAUGUCGAAUUCUGAUGUCAUGAUGCAUUGAUGAACUUGAUGGAUUGCUAUUCGGAAGAUUCCACAGCUCCUUUCUUGAUAUAGUGAUAUACUGUGGGUGCUGAGUUGAUUAUGGUUCACUGCCCAGUAACCAAAUCGAGCGGAUGACCAGAAUAAGUUUCAGACCAUUGAAGACAUACAUGGUAAAUUCAAUUACAUGGCCAAACUACUCUACCCCUUACCAUUUUCUCAGUU